AUAAAUAAAUAAAAAAAAUUUGUGGGUGAAUAAAAAGAGCAAAAAUAAGUAAAAAAAUUGAAAUGUUCCAUCCUUAUGUGAAAAUUAAAAAGAAAAUUGCAAGUAGUUCACAGCUCCUUCAGCAACAACUUCAACAACAACAGCAGCCAACUUCACACAGAUGUUGUUGUUGUAGUACAACUUCAACUUCUAAUAGUAGUAGUAGUAGUAAUAAUAGUAGUAGUAAUAACAUUCUUGGUAAUAAUACCAGUUUUACAACAACAUCAUCAACAUCAGCAGCAGCCGCUGUUUUAGGUGCAGUUGCUAAUGCAACAGUUAAUAAUACUAUUAACUGCAGCAGUAGCCAACAAUUGCAACAGAAUUUAACGCUGCCACCAUUACCAACUAUUGUGCAGCAGCCUACGCAACAACAUCAGCAACAACAACAACAGCAACAUCUCUCACAGCUGCUGCAACAAAAUAAUAAUAAUAACAACAACGUUCCUCCACCUGCUUCUGCUGCUUUAAUUUCUUUAGCAGCAUUAGCUUCAACAUCUCCUCCUACAACACCACCACAACACCAGCAACAACAUAGACAAUCAUCACCAAAUUUACCAUAUUGCCCAAUCGAUCGACAUUUGGGUCACCUAAAUUUUGGUAGUAGUUCGUCAAGCAAUACAAAUACCCGGAGCAAUACACCAACACCUGGCAACCAUCACAGUAGAAAUAUUAUACAUAGCAGUAGUAGUUCUUCUACUGCUUCUGCUUCUUCUUCUUCUUCUGCUGCAGCAGUGGCAGCUUCAAGCAGUAGUUGUAAUAGUACAAAUAAUACCGUUAAUGGUAGUGUCGCAAGUACGAGCAGCGGUAAUAGUACGUUAAAUAGGAUUAGCCACACUAUUCAGCAGCAUCUUCAGCAACAACAACAACAACUUCUGCAACAACAGCAUCAUUCGAAUAAUUCAGCGCAUCAUAAUCAUCAUUCUUCUUCUUCAUCAUCAUCAUCCUCGUCGUCUUCGUCAUCUUUACAUCACCAUCAUCAUCAUCACCAUAGCAGCAAUCACCAUCAUCAACAGCAACAACAAAAUACCAGCAAUAAUCAGCAGCAGCAGCAACAAUCUCCUAUGUGCCUAGUAUUAUUAGUUAAAUGCCCAAAUUCAAAGGAAUUUUGUACAGCAGCGAAUUUCUGUGAUAAAAGAUUGCCAAACGAAUGCCAGGCAGGCCAAACUGCUAGAGUAACAUCUAACCUGCACGCAUCAAGUAGUACAAUGGCGGUUAGUCGUGUACCGUCACCGCCUUUAGCGGAAGUUAAUACACCAGUUGCUGAAAAUUGGUGUUACACUCAGGUGAAAGUGGUUAAAUUCAGCUAUAUGUGGACUAUAAAUAAUUUUAGUUUUUGCCGCGAAGAAAUGGGCGAAGUCCUUAAAUCAUCCACAUUCUCCGCGGGUGCUAAUGACAAAUUAAAAUGGUGUUUACGAGUUAAUCCAAAAGGUUUAGAUGAAGAAAGCAAAGAUUACUUAUCCCUAUAUCUACUAUUAGUAUCGUGUAAUAAAUCAGAAGUAAGAGCCAAAUUUAAAUUUUCUAUAUUAAAUGCUAAACGAGAAGAAACCAAAGCAAUGGAAUCACAGAGAGCUUACCGUUUCGUACAAGGCAAAGAUUGGGGCUUUAAAAAAUUCAUCCGAAGAGAUUUUCUGUUGGACGAAGCAAACGGUCUCCUGCCAGAAGAUAAAUUAACAAUUUUUUGUGAAGUUAGCGUUGUAGCUGAUAGUGUUAAUAUCUCUGGUCAAAGUAAUAUCGUACAAUUCAAAGUUCCCGAAUGUAAACUCUCUGAAGAUUUGGGUAAUCUAUUUGAUAAUGAGAAAUUUAGUGAUGUCACACUGGCGGUCGGUGGACGUGAAUUUCAAGCGCAUAAAGCAAUCUUAGCGGCUCGAAGUGAUGUCUUUGCUGCGAUGUUUGAACAUGAAAUGGAGGAGCGUAAAUUAAAUCGAGUAGCCAUAACAGAUGUUGAUCAUGAGGUACUAAAAGAAAUGCUACGCUUCAUCUAUACAGGGAAGGCUCCCAAUUUGGAAAAAAUGGCCGAUGAUCUCUUAGCUGCUGCUGAUAAGUACGCAUUAGAAAAAUUAAAAGUGAUGUGUGAGGAAGCGCUGUGUGUUAAUCUUUCUGUUGAAACAGCAGCUGAAACCUUAAUUUUAGCCGAUCUCCAUAGUGCGGAUCAAUUGAAAGCACAAACGAUAGAUUUUAUCAAUACUCAUGCCACAGAUGUUAUGGAAACAAAUGGAUGGCAGAAUAUGAUAACAACACAUUCGCAUUUAAUAGCUGAGGCAUUUCGAGCGCUCGCCACACAACAAAUCCCACCAAUUGGACCACCAAGGAAACGCGUCAAAAUGAGCUGAAAGAUAAGAUCAUUAUCAUAUAAGCAAAAAUUACAACAACAGCAGCAACAACAACAACAACAACAACAAUACCCUAAACCCCAACCAAUACAUUUAAUAUGUCUAAAACAUCAAUCAUUAGGAAUUAAUACAGAUUCAACUAAAAUAACCAGAUCAACAACUACAACAACAACAACUAAAUCGACAGUAAAUAUGCCAUUUUUUCCAAAAACUGCAACAACUCCAACAACAACAGCAACACCAACAACAACAGCAGAUACUGAUUGGACAGCAAAUACAAUUAGAACAAUACUUGGCCAACAGCAUAAGAAAAAACAUAAAAGUUCAAAAACAAGAGAAAAUCACAACAAGAAACGCUGUCCAUCAUCAGCUUCAGCAGCAGCAUCAAUGGCAUCAUCAUCAUUUUCAUCGUCGUCCUCAAUAAUAAUUUCCAAAAUUGAAACCACAACAAAACAACAACAACAAUCAUCAUCGACAAAAACACAAACUAAAUCAACAACUACAACAACAACACCAAUAAUACCAGGCUUUGUUCCCGUAUCUAUUCCUCCUUUAAUCUAUCAGGAUCCAAAAAACACUCAUGCAAAAAAAUGGUUAAAAAAUCUCAAGAGACAUGCUAAGAAAUGGAACACAUAAAUAUCCUACUCUAUAUCCUUCAACAUAAAAAAAAUAGGAUCCCAAAAAAGGAAUUUGGAAUUGUAGGACAAAAAACUAUGCAGAGCCAGAAGAAAGCACAAAGUGGUCGAUUUUCUCUCAGUUUUUUUUUU